GCUAGGCAGCAGCCAUCAAAAAAACAGGUGCACGCGGGAUAGACUGCCAGCAGCCGUUGAAGCCAGUUCCCCAGUGGGCCAUCGCCCUGCGGCCACCCAGCCGACCAGAGGCACAGGGCCAGCCUGGCAUAAUCAGGCUUGGAACCCACCAUGAAUCCUGCAUCCGCCAGGCGUGAGUCCGGCGGGGAUGGGUCCAGGCGUGAGUCCAGACGCUUAACUUUACGACCUCGAGUGUUGGAUGCUUCCUCACCUUCGGAUUCACAGGCGUAUGCUGCCUCUGCUCCACCUCACCAGGGACCUUCAGUACCCGGGACACCAGCCAGCCAGGGACCUUCAGUACCCGGGACACCAGCCAGCCAGGGACCUUCAGUACCCGGGACACCAGCCAGCCAGGGACCUUCAGUACCCGGGACACCAGCCAGCCAGGGACCUUCAGUACCCGGAACACCAUCCCGCCAGCAAUCUUUUAUACGUGCCACACCAAUCCGCCAGCAAUCUUUUAUACGUGCUAUACCAUCCAGGCAGCGACCUUCAGUACAAGCCAUACCAUCCAGCCAGCGACCUUUAGUACACGUCAUACCAUCCAGUCAGCGACCUUCAGUACGUGCCACACCAUCCAGUCAGCGACCUUCAGUACGUGCCACACCAUCCAGUCAGCGACCUUCAUGUAUUACGGCAACCUCAGUGUUUUGUUUCGUCAUUGGUGGUGCCCAGGAGCUGUUUGUAGUCAUCAUGAUUCAGGAAACCUGCAUCGUCCUAUUUUUCAUCAUCAUCUAUUUGGUAACCCUUCAAACCACGAUGGCCUGUAUCCACUGGCCUCUGCUUGAUCUGAUCAACUCUGCCAUUUCAACAGUAUUUCUUGGAAUAGUUGGUAUAGUAGUCAUUGGGAAAAAAAAUACAAAGGAUCUAUGCUACGCUGGAGGGAUCCUGUGCCUCUCGGCAGCAGUCCUGUGUGUCAUCGAUGCAUUGCUGUUUACUGAGAAGAGGAGGAACAAAGCGAAAAGUUCCCUGGCGAGGGAAACUAAGCUCUCUGCCACCCAACUGAGGCAGAAGCAGCACUGACGUCACCCAGCCCUCCGCUGGGUGACACAAGAUCAUAUCUACAUGUAUAAUCACUCCCACCAGGCCAU